CUUCCCUUCUUCUUUUUGUUACACACUCCUUCUGCCCCUGUCUUGGUGGCUUCCUUGCAUUCCAAGCCUUGGAUCCAUACCUGGCUCUCUUUCUGCCUGAGAUCCCUCUGUGGAUGCUCUCCUGAAAUGUCACUUCAUCAGAAAGGCCUUCUUAGUACAUUAUACAAGACAGCACCCUUUCUAACACUCUCUACUCCCUUUACUCUGGUAAAUUUUUCUCCAGAGGACAUAUAAUUACUAGUUAUUUGUUUCUUUGUGUAUUACCUGCUCCCCAAGUAGAAUGAGAUCCAACCAGGUAGGCAUUUCUUCUGAUUCUAUUUCCCACUACAUCCUUGCACCUAGAAUUAUGCCUGGCACAAGGUGGAGAUUCACUGACUUUUUGCUAUGUGGUAAAUUAACUGUAAAUUAAUGACAAAUAUUAGAGAAUAUUGCAAUUUUUUCUCUAGGCCCAACAGCUUCAUAUUAUCUGAUUGUCAGGAGGUGAUGAAUGGCUCCUCAUUAAGGAAAAAAAGAUGUUACAUGAGAACCUAGUUCAUGCAUGGGUACCUUGGAGCUCAGAAGUAGCUUACUCAAUGUUCUUAAUCAAAUGCUUACAAAUUAAUGCAUUUUAUACAUUCACAAUAUUUGAAGCAAUAUAAGUUCUUAUUUAGGGUAUUGUUACUCAGGAAACAGAAGUGAGCAGUGGGGCCGGCUGAGGGUAACGGGGCUGAGAGGCUGUUCACUGAGCAAGUUGAACAUGAAUGCCAGAGGGCUUGGAUCUCAGCUAGAGGACAGCAUUCCAGUUGCUGAACUUUCAGCAAGUGGACCUUUUGAAAGCCAUGCUCUUCUUCAAAAAGGUCUUCCUUGUGUGAAAAAUGAACUUUUGCCUAGUCAUCCUCUUGAAUUAUCAGGAAAAAAAAAAUUCCAGCUCAACCAAGAUAAAAUGAAUUUUUCCACACUGAGAAAAAUCCAGGGUCUGUUUGCUCCACUCAAAUUACAAGUGGGAUUCAAGGCAGUGCAUCAGGUUCAGCGUCUUCCAUUUCCUCCAAGCUCAAACCUUUCACGGGGUAUUUUGAGGGGUCAUGAUGAGACUCUUGCAUUUGAGGAUAUUCCUAAUGACCCGUCACAAAGUGAACUAAUGGGAGAACCACCCUUGAUGGUGGAAUAUAAACUGGGUUUACUGUAAUCUGUUGUGAUGAUGUUCAUGAAAAUAGAGGGGCUGCAUCUUGUUUACAGUCCUCUUUUUACUAUAAUUUGAUGUACACCACAUUAAAAGUACUGACACAUGAGAAUUCUUGCC